AGGCAGGAUAUUUUUCAGCAGAAACACAGCAUCUUGUUUUAAGGUCAGGCUCUAUGGGCUGGUCGUCUGCAGGCUGGCCGCUGAGAAUGGCGGUGCUCGGUGCUUUUGUGCUGGAGCUCCUAGUCUUGGUCACGGUGACAGGUGAACCUGCUCUUGAAGGACCAGAGACAGUAACUGCAAUUACAGGACAGACUGUGACAAUGGAUUGCAAAUACAAUGAGAAAUACAGGCAGAAUGUGAAAUACUGGUGUAGAAUGGUGCAAUACGACUGUACCAUACUGAGAAACACACGGUACAAUGCAUACAACGUGAAUAUCAAAGAUAAUCCCUUGGCUAACACAUUUACAUUGACAAUGUGGCGGCCGAAAGAGAGGGAUUCAGGCCAGUACAGGUGUGGAAUAAAGAUGUCCGAUAGGGAUAAAACCUUUGAUGUGGAGCUGAAGGUUCUCAGUUUGAUAGGACCGCAGGUGGUGACUGGAAUUGAGGGAAGACUAAUGAAAGUGGAUUGUAAAUACAGGUGGGACUACAGUCAUUUAAAAAAAUACUGGUGCCGAAUGGAAGACAAUUGGUGUGAAACACUGGUUGAUACAUUCAAUGAUAAGAAACAUCUACUUACGGAUAUACAUGAUUAUGGCAUGAUAAACACAUUUACAGUGACAAUAUCCCAGCUGAAACUGAGCGAUGCAGGACUUUACCGGUGUGGGAUAGUCACACCAUAUUUUAAAAAAUACAACAUUACAUUUGAUGUUGAGCUGAAGGUUCACCAAGAUCCCACCACCUACACCAGCUCUAAAGCAACUCCCACCCUGCCAGACACCAGGACCAGGACCACCCUGACUCCCAGAAAAGAAGCAAUCGAUAUCUAUUCUAUUUUCAGAAAAGGAGCCCCGGUUAUCUUUGGGAUUAUCGGGAUCCUGGCUUUUGUUUUUCUUGUGAUUCUAAUCAUUUUAAUUAGAAAGAAACUGACAAACAGCAGAGAUGUUACACUUACUGGACAGAACAAUGGAACCAGUAUUCGGCUGCAGGACUUUCAUAACACAUCCACCUCCCACGCAAGCAAUAACCUCUACACAUUCCCUCAAUACCACCAGCCGACCCCCGGCACCAGCAAUGUCUACGGGGACGAUGACGACACUUCUACUGACAGCUCAGACAGUUCAUCUACAGGGGCGGCCAGCAGAGGCAUCAGCUGCUUCAGUGAGAUGAAGUGGGACAAGGCAGGGCAGGAGGCGGACGAUGCCGACGACUAUGUGAAUGUUUCCAAAAGAGAGCCGGAGGAGUCGGCAGACUAUGUGAAUGUAGCCCCGUUUGAGGGACGAAGGAGGAGUUCUGAUGAUUAUGUCAACAUGGAGCCUGCCACAGAGCCUGAUGAAGAGGAGGACCGAGUUUCUGAAGGACUGAAGGGAGGGGGAGAGAACAGCCAGGACGCUGUCGAUUCUGACACUGAGAGUGACGAGAACGCUGUGGUUUACACCCAGAUUGCGUUCAAGUAG